CCAGGUAGUUGGCAAGAGACCUUAGACAAGUGUGGGAAGCACUGGAGGACACAACUCUUUUCUCUGGUCUUUCAAACAAGUACUGUCUCUGGGAUGAUGAGUUACUACAUAGACACAACCAUUGGAAGCCCAGCUCCUUAUCCUCUGGCCCGUCCAGGAGUAAUGGGUGCUGCCAAUCCCUAUGAAGAUCCUUGGAUGAGCUGUGGCUUUCAGUCCACCUGCUACCAGCAAAGGAUUUGCUACCCAGUCUGGGAUGAGUCCACCAUUCAAGAAGUGCCCACUGGCAUAGAACGCUACAACUCAGAUAUGGAAUGUGCAGAUGUGCCUUUGCUAACCCCGAGCAGUAAAGAAAUGAUGUCCCAGGCGCUGAAGGCCACCUUCAGCGGCUUCACGAAAGAGCAACAGCGUCUGGGAAUCCCCAAAGACCCCCAGCAGUGGACGGAGACUCAUGUACGGGACUGGGUGAUGUGGGCUGUGAAUGAGUUCAGUCUGAAGGAUGUGGAUUUCCAGAAGUUCUGCAUGAAUGGGGCUGCUCUCUGCGCUCUGGGCAAGGACUGCUUCCUCGAGCUAGCGCCUGACUUCGUGGGAGAUAUUCUCUGGGAACAUCUGGAGAUUCUGCAGAAAGAUGAGAUAAAGCCAUACUCAGCUAACGGAGUGAACCCUGCAUACCCAGAAUCCCGCUAUACAUCGGACUACUUCAUUAGUUAUGGCAUUGAGCAUGCACAGUGCGUGCCUCCGUCAGAGUUCUCUGAGCCCAGCUUUAUCACAGAGUCCUACCAGACCCUCCAUCCGAUCAGCUCAGAGGAGCUCUUCUCCCUCAAGUACGAGAAUGACUACCCGUCAGUCAUCCUGCGUGACCCUGUCCAGACGGACUCCCUGCAGACAGACUACUUCACGAUCAAGCAGGAAGUUGUAACGCCAGAUAACAUGUGCAUGGGGCGCACCAGUCGAGGUAAACUAGGGGGCCAGGACUCCUUUGAGAGCAUAGAGAGCUACGACAGCUGUGACCGCCUGACACAGUCCUGGAACAGCCAGUCGUCCUUCCAGAGCCUUCAGCGCGUCCCCUCCUACGACAGCUUUGAUUCUGAGGACUACCCCGCGGCACUGCCCAACCACAAGCCCAAAGGCACCUUCAAGGACUAUGUUCGAGACCGGGCCGACAUGAACAAGGACAAGCCAGUCAUUCCUGCUGCUGCCCUCGCUGGCUACACAGCUGUGAAUACACCAAAUGCAAAGCGUUGGAGAGCCAGGCCCCUUACUUUUCAAGGCAGUGGCCCCAUCCAGCUGUGGCAGUUUCUGCUGGAGCUGCUCACCGACAAGUCCUGCCAAUCCUUCAUCAGCUGGACAGGCGAUGGCUGGGAAUUCAAGCUCUCGGACCCAGACGAGGUUGCCAGGCGAUGGGGCAAGAGGAAAAACAAGCCCAAGAUGAACUAUGAGAAGCUGAGUCGUGGGCUUCGCUACUACUAUGACAAGAACAUCAUCCACAAGACGGCCGGCAAGCGCUAUGUGUACCGUUUUGUUUGCGAUCUGCAGAGCCUUCUGGGCUACACGCCUGAGGAACUCCAUGCCAUGCUGGACGUCAAAUCCGAUGCUGAUGAGUGAAUUGGACCAGCCAGACUGUGUGGAAGGUUGUGUCGUGUCAGUCUGGAGAUUCGACGAGACCUUACAUUUUUUUUUUUUGCAGUUAAAUAUCUAUCUAUAUUUUUUCAAGAGCAACUCAAAUUUGACAUUUUUGAUGGGGGAGAGGAGGGUGGGCAAAGUCAAGCUUUUGGCUGAAUCUGACAAUAUUUGGUUGGGAGAAGAAAGAUGGAACUUUUUAUUUGAAAGUUCUCUGAGAGAUUUUUUUGGGUUGAAUUUCUUAGUUUUAAGGAAGCCAGAAAAAUAUAGCUCACUUUAAAAAAAUUAAAAUAAACCCUCCCCAUCUCAUACCAUCUGGAAACAUUAUUAAUGAAAAGAUCCCCUUGAUUACUGUGUUACCAGCACAACAAACUGACAAUUCAGGAAGUGACAAGACUCCUAAGGAUUAUGCGAUUGAUUCUUUUAUUGAUGGGAGGGGCAAAAUGAAGGUGGAACUUUCUGUUUUGUGAGAGGGGAUGACAUAGGAAAAAACAAGAACAGUUCUUGUUACUUUGCUUUUCUGUCGGUUAUUUUUCUGUUACACAACAGAUUUUUUUUUAAGGAGGGACCAAGAUUUUUUUAAUUAUUAUUUGUUAAAAUUUUAUUUUAUUAAAUUUUGUGCCAGUAUUUUUUUUUAAAUAGUCUUAAGCUCUAAGAUGGUCUCCGUCUUGUAAUAUUGUGUGUGUAUGUAUGUUUCUUUUAUACCAGCAGAGAAUUUUAUCACAGUGAAGAAAAACUAAUUGUUUAUGUAGACCCCACUGGAGAAGUGUAGAGCUCUGACUUAUGAUCUCUGAAUCUUAUGCGAAGGAAAAUGAGUGCAAAUCAGCCACCAGAAAUGCUGAGAGGAUGCUUUGCAUUUGCAUUGAGUCCCAUGCACUUUGCUGUAUUGUUUGUUGUUAAAGGUGUUGUUGUUGUUGUUUAAAAACAUCUUUUUGGGACAGCCAUAUUUUCAAAACCAUGUUGUUGUUUUUUAAUUUCUGAUGUAUCAAAAAUGUUGUUGACAUUUUCAUAUAUCAUUUUCAAAAACAGAAAGUGUUUGGUUUUUUUUUAAAGGAAUAUUUUUAACACUUUGAAGUAACUGCUAGUUUGUUUUGUUUAAUAUCCCACCCAGUGACUAAGCUGAGCAAAGUAGUUCAGUUUUGACAUUUUCCUAUUUUGAACACAGUCAGUGCUGAAGGGAAAAUGGAAAAAUGUGUUAGGGGAAAAAAAUCAUGAAAAGUUUUGAACAAUGAAAAGUGAAACAAGGAUGUUGAUGAUUUUUCCCUCCGUUUUUGACCAGUGCUGCUUACAGUACUGUACGGUCAGCCAUUCUAGGCACAUCCAAAAUGGAAACUCAGACUCAAUGGGGAGCAAUCCCUCAGGAUACCGAGCACGGAAGCCUAGACCAGUGAAACUCGCACGCACAUGCUUAAACUCAUGAUUAGCUCCAUUGAAGUGAGUGGGACCAUUCGUGUGCUUGAUGUUAAGCAUGUGCAUAACUGCUUUGCUGGAUCAGGCUUUGAGCCUGGAGUGCGUGGGUACGGCUUAGACACGGAGGAUAUAUUAACACAACAAGCUCCUCCCCAGAGCAGCAAUUCUCAGAGCCUGGCUCAACUGACUGGGGCUCACACCGCGGGAUAUUCGGGCUCGGGCUGGAGCCUGGGCUCCAUGACCUUCCUGUCUUGCCAAAUUUCAGAUCCCAGGCUCCAGCCUGAGCCUGAACGUCUACACUGUUAUUUUUAGCCCCACAGCGUGAGCCCCAGGAGCCUGAGUCAGCUGGCCUGGGCUCUGAGACUCGCUGCCGUGGGUCUUUUUUUGCUGUGUAGACAUCCCUUAGGGCCUGAUCUUCCUCUCCCUAGCCUUUUGUAACUCCAUCGACUUCAAAGGAGUCACUCCUGAUGUACUCCCGCUGUACACCAGGAGUGGGAUUUGAUCCCACAGAAGUUAGCGGCCAACUCCUCAUUAGCUUUAAUUCUGGAUCAGUUCCAAAGUGAAAGGGAGAAUCGGGCCCUGAGUUUUAAAUGUUUAGAACAGAUUCUGAAACCAGAUCCACAUGGGUAAAUCCCUGCCAGUCUGACUGUAGGAUUUGGGUUUUUGACUUUAAAUAUCUUUUUUUUUUUUUUUUGGGGUAAAGACAGUAUUAAAUAUUUGAACUGGAUACAUUUUCUUUAACGGCUGAACUAAUUUCCGAAGCUCUGUGGUGAAUCAAUACAGAGAGUGGGAGGGUGGAGAGACUUUCUAGAUCAAUGCAGGGGAAACAGAACAAUGGGAGAUUAUGUAUCAGGUCUGCAGAACUGGGCUCUGACUAAAAGUUGCUAAAAACACUCUUGAAUUUAGUCUGAACAUCCAGUUUGCUUCCUGUUUUCCCAUCUCAGUGUAGCCAGAGUGCUGGGGUAUAGGAGGGCAGGGUCAAGCAGGAAGCCAUGGGAGGCUGUCAGUUGAGUUCUAUGGAAAGAUGAUGCCCUGACACAAAGGUGCUGAGCUCCCAUUGGAUUCUGCAGGAACAGCAUGUGUUCAGGCCUUGUGAAUAUCGGGCUGUUUGUUUUUAAGCAAGCUUUGUUUGACUGAAACUCAGUCAGGCCCUGCGUGUCAGAGAUCUUAGUCUGGCUUAGCAGGCCGGUAGGUGUAAAGCUGAACAUAUGGAAAAAUGUAGCAAGCUGAUUUGGGGGUGGGGGUGGAGCGUUUAAACCAAGAAUGUUGAAGGCAGAUGGUGGCUAUGGGGCCAGGGAAGUCCAGGUGUCAGAAUACAUGUCUGGGGCUAAGACCCGAUCCCACCCGACAUACGGAGAGGACUGGUGCAGAUGAAGGAAAGCAUGAUGGAAGGAACGUGGAAGGAGCAUGCACUGAAGGAAGAAAGGACAAUCUGCCUUCUGAAAGAGCAGUUCUCAUCUAGCAUUCUGAGCAUUCAGUGCCUUUAACCCUCAGCAAAGGGCGACUGGCAGCUGUGGCAGGUGAGAGAUUGCAGAAGUGAGAAAGGAGGGCUAAUGCAAAAGGGGAUUGACGUUCAGCUCAAGCUGGAGGAAGCAAAGGAAGAUGCUGAUGUUGUGCUGCUGUAGGCCAGGUGCUGCUCCUCCCUGCUAGAAACUAGAUGCAAAGAGAGAAUAUGUGAAGUCAAACGCCCGUCCAGAAGGUGACUGAUUCAUAGCUGUGUAUGGUGGGCUGUGCUGUAGUGGGAAGGCUGGGUGAGGCUGCUCUCUGCACUUUGAGUCGGAUGAAGGCAUCUAGAUGGAGCUUUUGAGUGAUAAAGGGGGUGGUAGCUGAGUGCAGAGAGUUAGUUUGGGCUUCUUAGAAGGUAUAUAAGGAGGAAGAUUUCAGGCUCUGUUUUCCAGGGAGGCAGAGAACCCCUUGAAUCAGAGGUGAUUCCAGUGAAAUACACUUGUCCCAAAUAAAACCAGCAUAAGUAGCCUGUGACUCUUUAAAUUCUCAACCAGUAACACAAUUCUCCUAGGUUUUUUGGUGCUCAUAAGUUCCAUAGAACCACAGAAAGUGCCCUUAGGUUAACAGUGUCAGUUCGUAGCCAGACCUUAAAUCAUCACCUUUGAUUUACAGGAUUAGUCCUGUAAAGGGUGUUAGUGACCAGGGCAGAUGUCCCACCAUCCCAGCCCUCUUUCUGCCUUCUAACCCACCCACCCAGCAAUUGGCUGUUCCCUGGGAUUGGUCACAGUGCAGGGUCCCCCAGUUCACUUCAAGCAGAAAGUCAUUCAAUAAUCAUAGAGUAUCAGGGUUGGAAGGGACCUCAGGAAGUCAUCUAGUCCAACUCCCUGCUCAAAGCAGGGCCA